UUCUGAAUCUGAAUUAUGAGGCGCAGCGUGAAGCGGCGUCGGCAUGUGGACGGCGCUGCUGCUGUCGGCAGCGAUGGCGGCGGCGGGCGCGGCCUGCUGGUUCCUGCGGCGCAGCGCGUCCCACUGGGCGCGGCGCGGGCUGCCCUACCUGCGGCCGCACCUGCUGCUCGGCAACGCGGCCGGCUUCGCGCUCAACCGGCAGACCUGCGGCCAGGUGUUCGGCGAGCUGUACGCGCGCCUGCGCGGCCACCCGCUGGCCGGCAUCUUCCUGCUGUGGCAGCCGGCGCUGCUGGUGCGCGACCCCGCCAUCGCGGGCCGCGUGCUCGUCCGAGACUUCGAGUGCUUCCGGGACCGCGGCCACCGCGCCUCCGACCCCAUGCUGCAGGACCUCUUCUUCCUCAGGGGCGACCGCCGCUGGAGGACCCUCAGGGACAGCCUCGAGCCGGGGUUCGGACCGAAAGGCGCCAGGCACGUGUUCUUCCUGCUGGACGAGAUGGCACAACGUCUUUUGAAGGUGCUGGAGGCUCCAGCAGAGCGGCUCCUGGAGCUGGACGUCUACGACCAGAUGCACCGUUUCGUCAUCGACACUGUGGGGACGUGCGCUUUCGGCGUGGAGUUCGAGUCCAUGCUGAACUACGACUGCUUCGUCGUGAGGAAGACGAGGCGAAUGGCCAGCGGCUCGCUCCUCAGAAGGCUCAGAAAGUACGGACCCUGGUUCUGGCGGUGCCCGACGCGGCCAGGGCGAUGGGCGUCGGCUUCCUGCGCUCCGGCGACGCCGACGUCUUCCGCUGGCUGACGGCAGAGAUCGUGGCGCACCGCCGCCGCCACAACGUGCGCCGCAACGACCUCAUGCAGCUGCUGAUGGCGCUCGCCGCCAAGGAGGACGCCGGGGACUCCCCACAGUCCGACUUCGGCGGCGACAUGCUGGCGUCGCAGGUGAUGAUGCUGCUGAUGCUGGGCCGCCACAAGGUGGCCGCCACGCUCGCCUUCUGCCUGCACCAGCUGGCCGUCCACCACGAGGUGCAGACGCGGGCUCGGCUCCAGGUGGACACCGCGCUGCGCAGGCACGGGAAGGAGCUGAGCCUGGAGGCGCUCGCAGACAUGCCCUACCUCGACAUGGUGCUCUCAGAGACGCUGCGGCUGCACCCGCCCAUGUCCAACCUGUCGCGCAGCUGCACGGCGCCCUACACCUUCCCCGGCACGACGCGCCUGGGGGACGGCGCGCUGCACCUGCAGCCUGGCGAGGCGCCGCUGCACAUCCCCAUCUGCGCUCUCCACCGCGACCCCGGCUACUUCCCGCAGCCCGAGCGCUUCGACCCCGAGCGCUUCGGCCCGGACCAGCUGGAGCGCCAGACGCCCUUCUCCUACCUGCCGUUCGGCGCGGGGCAGCGCUCGUGCCUCGGAGAGCGGCUGGCCCUCCUGCUGAUGAAGACGACCUUAGCGCGGCUGCUAUCCCGCUACGAGCUGUUCCAAAGCCCGAGAACAGAGUACCCUGCGCCCAUAGACCCGCGUCUGCUGUUGCUGCACCCCAAAGGUGGACUCUGGGUCAGGAUCUCCAACAGGCACUGGCUACCAUUAGCUAGGAAGCGAUCGGCAAGUGUUUCGGCGGUCCAGCCGGAGACAGGCAUGCCGGCCGCCUACUGGCCACUGUGUGACGUCAGCUGGGUGACGGCCGCGCUGCUCGGCCUGGCCCUCGCGCUGCUGGUGGCCGACGCGCACGUGGCCCGCGGCUACUGGCGCCGGAUGGGCGUGGCGCAGGCCACCUCCCGGCUCUUCCUGGGGCACGCCAAGGACCUGCUGCUGGGCACCACGCACCUCUGCGGCGUCAUGGACGAGGUGUACCGCCAGCUGGAAGGGCAGCCCUACGGGGGCUUCUACAUGGUGGGCAGGCCGUGCCUCAUGCUGCGAGACCCCGACCUCGUCUGGAAAGUGAAGCACGACUCCAGCCACUACUCCCUCAGGGGCGCCCGUAUAAAAGGCAAUGCUAUGGAUCCCAUUUCGAGGAACCUGUUGGAUGUUGAUGACCGCCACUGGCGCGAGAUCAUGGGACAUCUAACGAAGGCCUUCGUAACGGAGAAGACGCGGAAGGUGUCCUUCCUACUGGAAGAGUGCGGCCUACGCAUGCAGAACGCGCUGUCGCAGCGGAUAGAAGAUGUCGGCUGGAGAGACUUGGACCUCAUGUGCGUCUGCUCGCGGUUCGCCACCGAUGCCAUAGGCUGCUGCGCCUUCGGCAUCGAAUGCGGCGCCAUCGAUGACCCGCGCUCAAAGUUCCUCCUCUUAUCACACGAGGCUGUGUUUAUCAACCGGUGGCAAAAUUUCGCAGACGUCAUGUCGCUAUGGCAGCCGCACAUUGUCAGCGUUCUGCGCCCAGACAUAUUGUCACGUGAUACGUACGAGUUCUUCAGGGAUGUCGCUUUGGACAUUCUUCGCUACAGGCGAGACAACAAACUGUGCCGAGACGAUAUGAUGAAUGAGCUGCUGAAAGUGAGGCUAAAUGGUCUCAAGUCUGUUCAAAAUAUCAACACAGAGUUCUCGGACGACUCCCUGGUGGCGUACGUGUUCGCCACGUUCGGCUUCUCACUGGAGAUGCUGGCCAGCACCCUGAGCUUCUGCCUGUACGAGCUGUCGCUGGACACCGAGGUGCAGACGCGGGCCCGCCAGCAGGUGGACGCGGCGCUGAGAGCACGCGGCGGCAGGCUCAGCUACGAGGCCGUCCAGGAGAUGACCUACCUCGACAUGGUGCUCAGCGAGACGCUGCGGCUGUACCCGGUGAUGGCCGGCGCGUACCUGGAGGAGUGCACGCAGACGCACCGCCUCAGCGGCCCUGGAGGCUCCAGCGUCGUGGUGGAGGCGGGCACCCACGUCGUUGCGCCGCUCUUCUCGCUCCAGAGGGACCCGCGACACUUCCCGGAGCCUCUGCGGUUCAUUCCGGAGCGCUGGAGCCCGGAGAACAGCGCGGGGCGACACCCGGGCGUCUACAUGCCCUACGGAGCGGGCCAGCGUCGCUGCGUGGCUGAAAUCUUCUCGAAGACGACGAUGAAGUUCGGCCUGGCAUCGCUGCUCGCCCAGUUCGAGCUGAGCCGGUGUUCUCGGACUCCGGAGCGCCCGCCGAGAGCUCACCCGCUAGCGCGGCUGCUGGUUCCAGCCGAACCUCUGCGCGUCCGAGUGUCGCGCCGCACCUGGUUCGCCUACGACGAGUGAGUGCUGACUCGCCUGCUGACGUGUCUCCAGCAUCUCUGUGCACCACUCCUCUGCGGCACACGCACACAGCACACCUGGAACUGACCCGUGGGAUCCCAGGUGCUGACUCACCUACUGACACCUGCAGUACCUGU